AUGUCCACAUCACAGCAGUAUCAGAUGUCUGUAGAAGCAAAUCCAGCACUACACGCCGAUCGCCCGGGCCUUCCGUCUGAGUCGCUAAUCGCCGAUGCGCAUACCCGACUAUCGCUGAUCUUCAACUCGUUCGUUGGCCAGCAUCGCGUGUCCGGAUCGCAAGGCACAAAUGGACUAGCGCUAGUGCUCUACUGUCCGCUCGAGGGAGGAGAGUAUGUCAUCGAUGCCACCGUACACGAGUUGGCGCAGAGGUCUGGAGCGACAGUGACAACUAUAGACUUGGCACAACUGAUCAAUGAGCAACCAAGAAGCUUCUGGGAGGAUGCAUCAAAGUCUAGCCAGGACAAAGAAAGCAACUCGGACUCUGAGUCAAAGCCAGAGAGCGCCAACGGCACCGGGUACUUCAAAAUGCACGAACCUAUCACAUCCAACAGAAUCUGCGACCUGGUCGACAUGGCUAUCCGGGAGCCUAGCAGUGACCCGGCAGUCGGCGACACAUCAGAGAAGCAUCGGCGUAUCGUAUAUGUUCGAGACUUUGGGUUUCUAGCGACGUUUGCCCCAGAAUGCUAUAAACGAAUCAUCAAGGACAGUCAGGAUCAGGUGGACGGGGACACUGGAAGUACUGAACUAGGCAAUACAUCUAUCACGGUCAUUCUGGGCGCUUCUCCGCUCCUCAUCAAGGAUGGCCUAUUCCAAGAAUCUGAUCCUCGAACGCUCACUAGGCGAGACUCAUCGCCUGAUCUUAUGUCUUUCCUGACGUCGCGCCGUUCGAAGCCCGAGACUAAACAGGAGAGCGAAACGCCAGGAUCUUGGGGGGAAGGAGAGGUCGCAGACAAGCCUCGCGAGGAACGACUACGUCGGCAGCAUGAGAUGUGGAAUAGCAACACGCUGUCGAGUCAUAUCCAUGAUCAUCUUACCAAGGUCGGAGUAUCGGCUGAAAAAGGUCGCGGUCGGUCAUCCCGUUCGAAGUGUAUACCGGCAUGUGUCGUGGUCCCAAAGAAGAGAAACCUCGAGCAGGAGCGCUUUUCUCGAGAGAAACGGCGCCUGAAUCUGAACGAGCUGCAAGUCCGGAUGGCGCUCCUCGCUUCUGGAGGCGAGUUGGAAAGUUUGACUGAUGUCGUGGAGAGUCGGUUCAAAGAACAAUUGAUCGAAUGUGAUGUCAUCCAACAGGUAGCUGACCGGGCACUCAGCUUUGCUCUAUCCUUGCCCUCUAAUUCCAGUUCGUCGGCACACCCUACGAUAUCCUGGGAGGCAUACUGUGACGCAUGGAAGCGCCAAGAGGAGCGAGACAGGGAGCGUGCCCAGUGGAUGGAAAGCUCGGUGCUGAUGGAGAACAAAUCUUCUGAUGACUCCAAUGAGGAUGACGGUGAAAGCUCUAGUAGUAGUAGUGAUAGCUCAAGUAAUAGCGGCGACUAUAUUCCAACGAGCAACAGGUCGAAGGACAAGAAGGAUACCACGGAUCCGGUUGUCGAAAGGGUCAAGAGUGAAGGAAUGGACUCGUAUGAGCGACAGAUGCUCGACUGUCUGAUUUGCCCAGAUGAUCUUCAGUCUGGAUUUGACGCGGUUCAUCUUCCCAACUCGACGAUAGAAACAAUCCGCACUGUGGUGUCCUUGCAGCUGGUCUGCCCAGAGGCAUUCCAGACUGGCAUCCUGAAACAGUAUAACAUGUCCGGCGCGCUGCUGUUUGGCCCACCAGGGACUGGGAAAACACUACUGGCAAAGGCGAUUGCGAAGGAGUCGGGUGCUCGGAUGCUUUCCGUUAAGCCUUCCGAUAUCUUGGAAAAGUGCGUAGGAGAGGACGAGAAGAAAGUCCAAGCUCUAUUCAAGCUCGCCCGUCGGCUGAAGCCAUGCGUCAUCUUUAUCGAUGAGGUCGAUGCAUUGUUGGGCGCUCGGAUGCCUGCGAGGAAUGACAACUCAUCGCGCUGGCGUACAGACAUGCUGACGCAGUUCACCCAAGAGAUGGAUGGGAUGCUGUCUUCUGAUGUGAUUGUGAUCGGAGCGACUAACCGUCCGUUCGAUUUGGAUGACGCAAUCAUUCGCCGGCUACCCUGUCGCGUCCUCGUCGAUCUCCCUGAUACGAAUGCUCGCGAGGCUAUACUGAAGAUUCUGCUACUGAACGAGAACCUAGGAUCGGAUGUCAACUUGGCCGAACUGGCGAGCCAGACGCCCCACUUUAGCGGAUCAGACCUGAAGCAUUUAUGCGUCAUGGCUGCAUUCGAGUCUGCCAAAGAACUAGCAAAGAUCUCGUGGACAGAUCAGAAAGACAAGAAAGGCAAGAAGCCUGGUUCAGCUGUUUCGGCACUCGGCAACUUGAGUCCGGCUACAUCGGAGUCGGGGAUCGAGGAAGUCGAUGCACCAAUCGCAUCCACCGCUGCAACCUCAAAUGACGCAGAAUCGCGGUUGGCGGAUGCUCCCCAGACACGCACGAUUGCCAAGCGUCACCUUGCACAUGCACUGGGCCAGGUCCGCGCAUCGACCUCCGAGAUGCAGUCAUCUCUGACCGAACUUCGGCGCUGGAACGAGCAGUUUGGAUCCGGCAGUCGGUCGAGCAGAACCAAUGGAGUCGCUGUGCCCGGGUCGGCUCUUUCGGGACCGGGGCAGACAUGGAUAAAUGGGACGGGAAUAAACACUCAGGGUAUGGGCACGAGUGUAAUGGACGGGCCCGGAACGUACGGGUCAGGAGCAUAUGGGCCAGGAUCAUACGGGUCAGAGAUGAGGGUGCAUGGGAUGAAUGGAUCGACAGGACAUGUGGUAGAUGUGAACUAUGUCCCACCGCCACGAGGCACGUACCUACGCUCAUUGGGUAUAGACUUGGAUGCCAAGUAG